GUCGAACGUCAAACCAACUUUAUGCCAGUGAGACAAUGCAGUAUUUACGCGUUUUUUUUACAUGAAAUUCUCUACAUGUCCACUUGAUGUCGCUAAUUCCCACUGUCUUUAAAAUUAUGUAUGGGUAUGGCUCUGAGCAUUCGGACCGGAGAUAAGAUCUACAGCAGCAAAAGAGAAUGGCUUCUAAGUUUUCAAAGGAGGAUUUGUCCUGUCCUGUGUGUUAUGAAAUCUUCAAGAGUCCUGUACUUCUGCGCUGCAGUCACAGUGUGUGUAAAGUGUGUUUGCAGCAGUUCUGGCAGAUUAAAGGAUUCAGAGAAUGUCCUGUUUGUAGGAAGAGGUCGACUAAGCAUUAUCCUCCCAUAAACCUGGCCUUAAAGAACCUGUGUGAGACUUUCUUACAGGAGAGAAGUCGGAGAUCUUCAACAGGGUCUGAAACAGUCUGCAGUCUGCACAGUGAGAAACUCAAACUCUUCUGUCUAGACGAUCAACAGCUGGUGUGUGUGGUGUGUCGGGAUUCAAGAAAACACACCAACCAUAAAUUCUGCCCCAUUGACGAGGCAAUAACAGACUGUAAGGAGGAGCUCAAAACUGCUCUGAAGCCCCUACAGGAGAAACUGAAGAUCUUUAAAGACUUUAAACUAAACUGGAGUCGGACUGCAGAACAUAUAAAGAUACAGGCCCAACGUAUAGAGUGGCAGAUUAAGGAGGAGUUUGAGAAGCUUCACCAGUUCCUACGAGAUGAAGAGGCAGUCAGGAUCGCUGCACUGAGAGAGGAAGAGGAGCAGAAGAGUCAGAUGAUGAAGGAGAAGAUUGAAAAGCUGAGCAGAGACAUAUCGUAUCUUUCAGACACAAUCAGAGUCAUAGAAGAGGAGAUGAGAGCUGAAGACAUGUCUUUCUUACAAAACUCCAAGGCCACAGUGAAAAGAGCUCAGUGCACACUGCAGCAUCCAGAGGAGCUUUCAGGAGCACUGAUCCAUGUGGCAAAACAUCUGGCCAACCUGAAGUUCAGAGUCUGGGAGAAGAUGCAGCACACUGUCCAAUACACACCUGUAUCUCUGGACCCCAACACUGUUCAUCCUAACCUCAUUAUAUCUCAAGAUCUGACCAGUGUGAGAUUCAGUGAUGAGAAACAGAAACGUCCUGACAACCCAGAGAGAUUUGAUAAGUGUUGCUGUAUCCUGGGGUAUGAGCGCUUUAACUCAGGGACACACUGCUGGUUUGUUGAAGUUGGAGACUGUACAGACUGGGAAGUGGGUGUGAUGACAGAAUCUGUUCAAAGGAAGGGGAAUUUAAACUACAGAAGUGGAAUCUGGUAUGUGUGGUAUUAUGAAGGUAAAUAUAGAGCAGUUUCUACACCAGAUCCAGAGACUCUCCUCUCAGUAGCACAGAAACUGCAGAAGAUCAGAGUGCAGCUGGACUGGAACAGAGGAAAACUGUCAUUCUCCGACCCCCUCACUAACACACUCAUACACACUUUCACACACAGAUUUACUAAAACUUUACGGCCAUAUUUACGUGUUCUUGGUAAAGAAUCUCCUCUAAAGCUCCUCCCACUUCAGUGCUCUGUAAGAGUGAAUCAGAUCAAACGGAGCUGAUAUUGUUUUAUUCCACAGGGCAUCCGCAGGUCCUUAAAAAGCCUUAAAAUGUCUUAAAUUCCUUAAUGUAAAAAUAAGGUCUUAAUUAGCAUUAAAUUGUCUUAAAUUCACGUAAAGAUGCAACAGAACCGACACCGUAAAGAAGAUUUAGAUUUUAUUUUGUCUCGUUGCUUUUUGAAAUGGUAAAGCCGUGUCACUGUGUUGCGCUCAGAGUGUGUGCGCCUCAUAGGUGAUUUAGGCUAAAAAUAAAUAAAUAAAUAAAUAAAAGAAACCCAAACAGCUACAGUUCUACACUUGUAUGACCUUAUGCUGUACACUGACUAUUAAUUUAUGGAAGCGGCCUUUUGAAAGUCGUUCAAAAUCUACAAAAUUAUUAGUGGGUUACAUAUAAAGUAACUAGCUGACAAAAAUUAUUUAGUCAUAAUACAUUUAUUGUAUUAACAAAAUAAUACUUUUUUUAAGGCACAGCAUAACACUUGAAGGAAGAAAUCCAUCCAUCCUGCAUAUUAACAUUUAUAAUUAACACGUGAUCUUCAACAGCAUCCAAGAUUUAUUUUGUAACAUAUUCUUCCACACGUCUUCCAACAAAUUAGCACCAGAAUCACUAAACACAUCACAAAUAUUUAAAUACCAACACAUUUAAGGU